AUUGUCAGAUUAUUAGUGCCUGUUGUGACCUAACGAUUCACACUAAUCAAGCCACUGUCAAUGUAUAGGUUUUUAACUUUGACUUUAACUUUAUUUGACUGUCGAGCUGAACUGGACAUAGCGACGGUGACGUCCCCCGUUGCGUUCGCUUGUUCGCAAUUGAAGCUCGCCUUAAACUGCUCCUGGCCACCAAAUGUUUUCCUCUCGGCAUUUGUGAAGCCUGUGUCGCAACCCAAUGUACCUCAGUUAUGGCUCAAGACUUGAUAGAAGAGGAAGGCAUUUUUUUUGAUGAACUCGACAAACUUCGAGCACUCGAACCAGAUGUCAGCCAGAAGACCUCAGAACUCCGAGAGGAGUGCAAAGAAUUUGUUGAGAAAAUGGAGCGCUUUCAGGAAAAAGUUGGCGGCCUAAUUGAGCUUGUAGACCAGUUGGCAAAAGAAACGGAGACAGAAAAGUUCAAGGCCAUCGGGGCAAGAAACCUGGUGAAAUUGGUAGAAAAGCAAAGAAUGGCAUUGCAACAGCAGCUUGAAGCUCUUAUUGUAGAGAAGAAGACACAACUUGAAAGAUAUCGCAUUGAAUGCGAUGCCUUGUCGAAAGUGGAAUCUGAGCAGAGUGAGUUUAUCAACCAGUUUAUUUUGCAGUGAGUAUGUGAUUGUUAUUUGUUUGCUCUCUCCUGUCAUGUGUCCUUAUUGCCUACAAGAAAUAUCACAUAAAAAUGUAACGCUUUAAGUUCGGCAAGAACAGGCAACAUCACACCUAAGGGAGCAUUGUGAACAAAACCAAAUUUGGAAUAAAAGCAACUUUUUCUGUUUAACCUUUCCUCCCCCUGUUUGUCAGUAAAUAGCCACCCCAACUAACAGUAAGGACUGUUAAGAAGUAGCCGCACACAUGUACACUAUUUACAGGGUUAGGACAAAUUCAUUUGUUCUUAUGUUGUUCAGUUCUUUGCAUGCUUUUUUUUUUUUAC